AUGAAGUCGUUUCUCCUUCUCGCCGCUCUCCCCCUGGCUCUCGCCGCACCGCGUCCCGUAUUGCCCGUCGAGCUCGGGCCUCAACCUUACGGUCCUCCCAGCUCACCUGCGUCUUAUGCCUCAGCCUCACCGAACUCACCUGCGUCCCAUGUCGCGCCUAACCCGCCUGUGGUAACCGCAACGGUGACGACGACGCAAUAUGUGAUUGUUGCCCAGCUUUCAGACACGACUUUUGUUUCCACAAUUCACGAUUACGAGACUGCCGUUCCAACUCUGGGGACUGCUGCUCCGUGGAAUCAGGAUCCGCCGGCUGUGACGACUGCUGAUCCGCCGUGUACUGAUCUGACGACUGUUGUUCUGACGACUGUUGUGCCAUUGACGCCUAGUUCAUCAGCUGCUAAUUCGUCGACUGCUAUUUCAUCAGUUGUUACUUUGUCAACUGCUAUUUCAUCGGCUGUCACUUCAUCAAUUGUUACUUCGUCGGCUGCUACUUCGUCGACUGCCAUUUCAUCGGUCGUCCCUUCAUCGGCUGUUACAACAUCGGAAGAUAUUCGGUCGGUUAUUGAUUUAAUGACCCUUGACGUAACAACGACUUAUGUCUUGACGCCUGACACUACUGCUGCUGCUCCAACAACCACCAGUAUCCCGACAACUGUUAUUCCAACGGCGGCUCCUUUGACAACUCUUGUUGUAGUAACUGUCACAACGGAUAGCCCCACAACGGAGGCUCCUACAACGACUGCUGCUCCAACGACUGAUGACUCUGGUAUUCACACGAUUUGGCCAUCAUCUGGUUUGCCUUACUGGGAAGCUCCUUGGGUAGUCUGCUGGAAUGAUGUCAACUUUGAAACUUGUUACUUGACCACCACUGAACCGAUAUAUAUUCUUGCAGGUCGCGGCGCAACUCAAACUGCCGCUGCUGAGGCGACUCAGACUGCAGUUACCGUAGCGCCUUGA